AUGUCAAUUUUUGGAGGAUUUGGGACAAGAGCCCAAGAGAGCCAGUACAACUAUUUGGUCGCAGCUUUGAUAAACUUAUUGCAAGCCAAGGCAAAUGGGCUAUUAAAAGGCACUGAAACUGUAGACGAAUUAUUUAAGCAGCAAGCAAUACAGUUAUAUGAUGCCAUGGUGGCAUUUGAAAGACAUAAAUAUUUAUUACCCAAAUUUUCUGAAGCGUAUAAAGACAUGAUAGAUGGAUUUAAAGUAGAGACUAUGAGCGAAUUACGAUUAACAAAUAUUCAGGAACUGCAUACACCUUUGCUGUCGGUUGAGCUUAAUGAUCCUGAAAGAGAUGAGUCAGGAAACCUAGUCUCGGCCAAAAAAAUUAAGAGAAAAAUCACUAUUCUUAAAAGUAAUAGACCUAAAUAA